UCCCUGUGCGCAUCCUCCUGCGGUGGCCACCCACGAUGGGGGGAGACGGCGAGUGAGGAGCCCCCGGCCCCCACAUGAACCCCUUCCCGGCAAGGUGGGAUUGGUGCCGGCACCGGCGGGGGACACACGCCAUGGCGCUGAGCCAGGAAGGAGCCUGAAGCCACCAGGAGUGGGAUGGGGUGGGGGGAUAUGGAGCCCCCCAACAGCAGUGUGGCCGGACGGUCGGACAUGUGCUUCGGGGUGUUCAACGCCAGUGACAGCCACGCCGGUGCGCAGAACAGCAUCACCUCGCCCUGGUUCUCCACUGCCUUCGGCCUCAUCGGCCUCUGCUCCAACCUCUUCGCCCUCUGCGUCCUGCUCAGCUCCUCCCGCAAGCUGUCCAGCCGGGCCCGCUCCUCCUUCCUCGUCUUCCUCUGCGGUCUGGUGGUCACGGACUUCAUGGGGCUGCUGGUGACGGCCUCAGUCAUCAUCCCCUACCACUUCAUCAAGUUCGCCUGGGCCGAGGUGGACCCCGGCUGCCAUCUCUGCAACUUCCUUGGCUUCUCCAUGGUCUUCUUCGGGCAGUGCCCGUUGCUGCUGGGGGCCACCAUGGCCGGCGAGAGGUUCUUUGGCAUCAACCACCCCUUCUCCCGCUCCACCAGCAUCUCCAAGCGCCGCGCCUGGUCCAUCGUGGGGCUGGUGUGGGGCUUCUCCUGCCUGCUGGGGCUGCUGCCGGUGCUGGGGCUGGGGCGGUACACGCUGCAGUACCCCGGCUCCUGGUGCUUCCUCACCCUCCUGCCCGACACCGGCGACGUUGUCUUCUGCCUGCUCUUCGCCCUGCUGGGCAUCUUGUCGGUGCUGCUCUCCUUCAUCUUCAACACGGUCAGCGUGGUGACGCUCUGCCGUGUCUACCAUGACCGGGAGUCGGUGCAGCGGCGCCGGGACAGCGAGGUGGAGAUGAUGGUGCAGCUCGUGGGCAUCAUGAUCAUCGCCACCAUCUGCUGGAUGCCCCUCCUGAUCUUCAUCAUCCAGACAGUCCUGCAGCAGCUGCCGACCAGCGGCCGGAUCCAGAUGCUGCCGACGGAGACGCAGAAGAUGCUGCUCAUCUACAUCCGCAUGGUCACCUGGAACCAGAUCCUGGACCCCUGGGUCUACAUCCUCUUCCGACGGGCCGUGCUGCAGCGCGUCUACCCCAGCCUGCGCCCCCGGCCCUCCAUCCUCUCCCUCUACCCCGUCCUCAACCCCUCCCUGCGCCGCAAGCUCACCGCCGACUCCGUCCUGCAGUAGUGGCCCCCCGGGACAGGCACCGAGUCAGGGGGGGACAAGCCAUCCCCCCAUCCCACCCCAGCCCGGUUAAUUAAUUGUCCCCCAUCAC